AUGUAUCACAUGAACGUGGUGCAUGGUUCUGGUUCAUUGCCUCCGAAUCAGUUUGCACCAAACGGUGCACUGUCUCAACCCGUAGCUAUUAUACCAAGUAACCUAAUGCCACCCCAAAGGCAACAACAACAACAACAACAACAACAACAACAACAACAACAUGCAUCAAGCAAUUUUUUAGGAACACCAUUCCUACAGCACCCCACCACUGUGCACUACCUCUUCCAUCCUGUUACGGUCAAUCGAUGCAAACGUCGCGUCCAACCGGCGGCAUUUCUCACGUACCAAUCCACCUUCGUAGUCAUACUCGGCAGUGCUGAUUGUUUAAGUGUCCGUUCGGAUAAGCGCGUGCGGAAAUCUACGGCGGCAGCAAACGGUCUCUCGCAUAACGCACCACUGCCAAUAUGA